CUACAAUAUUGUAUAAAUAAGACCAGCUCAAGUAGAACGACCUCGAACUGACAAGAUGUAUUCUCAUUUCACUCAAGACAAAGUCAGUUUCAUCGAAGACGCUGAGUAGGAAGUAGCACCAAAAUGAAGAUUUAUAUGUUGAUCGGGAUAGUUUUGUUCGCUAAGGUAAUAUGUGGUAUGGACUAUCUGAAUAAUGGAGGUUACAAAAUACCAGUUUUAGGGCUUGGUACUUAUACGGUGACUAACGAAACAGAACUAACAAACGGUUUGAACGAAGCCCUAGAGAUCGGUUACCGUCACAUCGACACCGCUGAGCGGUACCACAACGAGCACAUAAUCGGAAAAGUCCUAAAAGAAUGGAUUUCGUCAGGAAAAUUGAAAAGAGAAGAUUUAUUCAUCACGACCAAACUGGCAACUGUGGAUGUAUUUCCUGACCGAGUUGAGGCUGCCUUGAAUUCGUCUUUGGAAAGGCUCCAGUUGGAUUAUGUUGAUUUGUACUUGAUACAUUUUCCGGUUGCUACUACAGUUGAAGACGGAAAAUUUGUCACUCAACCAACUGAUUUGCUUGGAGUAUGGAAGAAAAUGGAAGAACAAGUAGAGGCGGGCAAAGCGAAAACGAUUGGCAUUUCCAAUUUCAAUAUAUCGCAAAUUGAAAGAAUCCAAAAAAUUGCCAAAAUUCAACCAGCCAAUGUUCAAGUCGAACUAAAUUUGUACUUCCAGCAAAAGGAAUUACGUGAUUUUGCUAAUAAAAACAACAUAACGGUGGUGGCGUAUUCUCCCUUGGGUGCCCCAGGUCUUAAUAAAUAUUUUGAAAGUGAAAAUCGGACGCAAGUUAAACUGCCGGACAUUCUCCAUGAUGAAGUCGUGACCAAGAUAGCUCAGAAGCACAAAAAAUCCAACGCCCAGGUUGCUUUAAGGUUUAUAAUUCAGUCUGGUCUUGUAGCCAUUCCAAAAAGUACGAAUCCAAAAAGAAUAAAGGAAAAUAUCGAUAUAUUUGAUUUUGUUCUCGAUGAAGACGAUAUGAAAACAUUGGAAACCCUCGACAAGGGAAAGAAAGCAAAAAUAUUCAAUAUGACGUUUGUAGCUGCUAACAUAAUCGACCAUCCAGAAUAUCCCUUCCAUGAAAACAUCUAAUCACUACUACUUUUAUUCUCAAAUAUAUUAAACACAGAUAAAAAAAAAUAUAAAUAUGGUUCUAGUAAUUGUUUUCAUUAUACAGAAAGUUAGGUCGUACUUUAAAAAGUGGUUAUUCUCGUUCCACGAUUGUUUCAACAUGUUUAAACUUUAUUGACCUUUAGUGCUUUGUCAAAAAAAUCAUCUCCGAAUUAGUCGCAAAAAUAUUGAUAUGAUAUAUAAAAGAUAUAAAAAUAUGUAUUUCACAAAUGU